CGAGCGGCAGCGGCCAGCGAGUGGCGGUCUCCAGCACCCCUAUCCCGGACUUCGGCCCCGCGCCCCAGUGGGGCAGGCGGGGGAGGGGGCCCCCCCGCGAGGAGGAGCAGGGACGCGGCGGGGCGGGGGCGCUCACCUCCGCCGUUCUUGUAGCACAGACAUGCUGCUUCUCAAGAAACAGACGGAAGACAUCAGCAGUGUCUAUGAGAUCCGGGAGAAGCUCGGCUCGGGCGCCUUCUCUGAGGUGGUGCUGGCCCAGGAGCGGGGCUCCUCACACCUUGUCGCCCUCAAGUGCAUCCCCAAGAAGGCCCUUCGAGGCAAGGAGGCGCUGGUGGAGAACGAAAUUGCCGUGCUCCGCAGGGUCAGCCACCCCAACAUUGUGGCUCUGGAGGACGUCCACGAGAGCCCUUCCCACCUCUACCUGGCCAUGGAGCUGGUGACAGGGGGUGAGCUGUUUGACCGCAUCAUGGAACGUGGCUCCUACACGGAGAAGGACGCCAGCCACCUAGUGGGCCAGGUCCUGGGCGCCGUCUCCUACCUGCACAGCUUGGGGAUCGUGCACCGAGACCUCAAGCCUGAAAACCUCCUCUAUGCUACACCCUUUGAGGACUCCAAGAUCAUGGUCUCUGACUUUGGCCUCUCCAAAAUCCAGACCGGCAACAUGCUAGGCACUGCCUGCGGGACCCCAGGAUAUGUGGCCCCGGAGCUCUUGGAGCAGAAACCCUAUGGGAAGGCUGUGGAUGUGUGGGCCCUGGGUGUCAUCUCGUACAUCUUGCUGUGUGGGUACCCCCCUUUCUACGACGAGAGCGAUCCUGAACUCUUCAGCCAGAUCCUGAGGGCCAACUACGAGUUUGACUCUCCCUUUUGGGAUGACAUCUCAGAAUCAGCCAAAGACUUCAUCCGGCACCUUCUGGAGCGAGACCCGCAGAAGAGGUUCACCUGCCAACAGGCCUUACAGCAUCUUUGGAUCUCUGGGGACGCGGCCUUUGACAAGGACAUCCUGGGCUCAGUUAGUGAGCAGAUCCAGAAGAAUUUUGCCCGGACCCACUGGAAGCGAGCGUUCAAUGCCACUUCCUUCCUGCGUCACAUCCGCAAGCUGGGGCAGAGCCCAGAGGGCGAGGAGGCCUCAGAGAGGAGAAUGGCCAGCCACAGCCACCCCGGCUUCGGGUCUGCCCAGCCCUCCAAGUGGUGAUGCCCAGGCAGAUGCUGAGGCCGAGGGCGCUGACUCCUGGACUCCCUUCCCGCGUGGGUGUGCCCUUUCAGUCCCCUCUCCCCAGCCCCAGGACCCCGGGCUGGCCUCUGCUGGAAAGUUGGAGAUGUGUGGGUGUGGUGCAUGGCGCCCCCAUGUGCCACCCAGGCUCCGCCCUCACCUAGGGGCUGGCAGGGCACGUCCUCAGAGGCUCCGACCCACUCUCCCACCGCACCCGGGGCAGCUUUCCCCAGCGCGCCGCUCUGUGCUUUGCUGACUGUGGUGCUCCCGCUUGUGUCGUGGCCCUGCAACCCCCUCUAGUUUCCCCCAAAUCAAUAAAGAGAGACAGAGUAAUGGG